GAGGAGCAGAUGAUGGUGAAGGCCAUCAGGGAGGAGUGCCCCUGGGAGACCCUACCCAAGCGCAUCCAGGCCGCCGUCGUCACCAAGGAGGAGUGGCACCGCAGGGUCGUAGACUACUGCAUACGGAAACGAUUGCCAUGGAGUUCCUGUUUCUCCCGCAAAGUAUGCAAAGAGGGGGAGUACUACGAGGAUCUGAUGCGCUAUCUGCGCACAAAUCUCGCAUUAUACCCGUACCAUCUCGCAGACCACAUCUGUCGCGUAAUGAGAAUAUCACCCUUCAAAUAUUAUUGUGACGUUCUUUUUGAAGCUAUGAAGAAUGAGCAACCAUAUGACAGUAUUCCAAACUUCAGUGCUGCUGAUGCCCUAAGGAUUACUGGUGUUGGAAGAAAUGAAUUUAUUGAUAUUAUGAACAAGUGCAGAUCAAAGAAGAUAAUGUGGAAGCUGAGUAAAUCAAUUGCCAAGGAGUUGUUGCCUGCACAACCCGUAGACUUAGUGAUAGAACCUUGGUGGGGAGUUCGUUUUGUCAACUUUACUUUGGAGGAGUUUAAGAAGCUAUCAGAAGAAGAAACAUUAGCAAUAGACAAAAUAUAUAAGGAAGAAGUCAAUUCAUAUGUUCUAUUUGAUCCAGAGGUUAUAAAUGGUCUUUAUAGAAGAGGAGGGGUAUACUUCGAUGUGCCUGUUUAUCCGGAGGACCGUUUCAGAGUUUCGAGACUUGAAGGUUUUGUUUCAAACAAGGAUCAGUCCUAUGAAGAUCCAAUUGAAGAGCUACUAUAUGCUGUAUUUGUUGUAUCAAGUGAAAAUGCCACAGUUGCUGAAUUGGCUAAAACUUUACAGGCUGACCUUUACCAACUCCAGGCAGCUGCAUCAUUUGCUUGUAGACUGGGAUGGGCUGUGAAACUUUUGGAUCCAGAUUCCGUUCUUAGAGAUUCCAGUGCACCUGCAUUGCCCAACAACAUUCUUUGUGAUGAUGAUGAAGGUUCACGUACAAGUAUCAACUCAGAAAAAUCUUGUGAAUUGCUAAACAAUGAUUCUGAUGGACCCAGAAAAAUCUCUGGAACUGCUUAUGUGGGAUUUGUUGUGGAUGCUAAUGUAACUUCGUACUUGAUGAUGGGAUCUCUAUCUCCAGGAUUGAAGUCUCACGCUGUAACGUUGUAUGAGGCUGGAAAACUCGGCUAUUCUUGCAUUGCUGAUCUAUGCGAUGAUCUCGCUAGUUUAGAAGGAAAGAAGUUUGAGGGUGUGCUCCAGGAAUUUGCAAACCACGCGUUUAGCCUGAGGUGCUUCCUUGAGUGUUUGUUGUCUGGUGGAACUUCACCAAAUGAAUCUACUGAAGAAAAAUACCAGGACAGCUCUUUGCAGGAUGACUUGUCUUUCCCUUUAAGUAACAAAAGCUCACUUCAGAGUACAGAUUCAACUCGCAAUGGCCAAGAUGGCGACUUACGGCAGCAACAAGACUCAACGGUUGAUUCCGAUGCAUCCUCACAAUCCACUAAUAUAUCCAAAAGAAAGGAAAGCACAGUAAAUGAUUUUGACAGCAGCCAGAUGGUUACUCAAAAUGACAGUAAUCAGACUACAGGACUAGAUGGCUCAACUGGUAACAGCCCCUUGCUGAAAACUAAAAGAAAUUAUCGAGUCAACAUUCUUCGCUGCGAGAGCUUAGCUUCUCUCACGCAAUCAACGCUGGAAAGAUUACUUCUCAGGGACUAUGACAUUGUGGUAUCUAUGAAUCCUCUUCCAUAUUCAUCAGUUCUACCUAGCACGGCAGGCCCGGUACAUUUUGGCCCGCCUUGUUACUCUUCAAUGACACCUUGGAUGAAGCUUGCAUUGUACACGGCUGGUGGUUGUGGCCCAGUAUCGACGGUUUUCAUGAAAGGACAACGUCUCCGGAUGCUGCCUGAACCAUUGACCAACUGCGAGAAGGCGUUGAUAUGGUCUUGGGAUCACUCUGUGGUGGGUGGACUGGGAGGGCAGUUUGAGGGGAACUUGGUUAGGGGAAGCCUUCUUUUGCAUUACUUGAACUGGAUGACAAAACAUUCUGCGGUGAUAGUGCAGCCACUAAGCAUAAAUGAUCUUGAUGACUCGGGAAACCUUGUAACCAUGGAUGUCCCAUUGCCCCUGAAAAAUGCCAAUGGAUCAGUCCCAUCCGCGUUAGCCGGCGCAGAUUUGCCUGAGGAGCAGAUGUCAAAUUUGAUUUCUUUGUUGGAAGACCUAUCCAGUAAAGUUGAGCUGAGCACAGUUGGUUACCUUCGGGUAGUAAGGCUUCAUAAGGUAAUCGAAUCCAGUGAUCUUGCAAACAAGGAAUGUUAUGAGUGGAUACCUUUGAGCUUGGAAUUUGGAAUUCCCUUGUUCAAUCCAAAGCUAUGUGAAAAGAUAUGCCAAAGGGUCGUCGAUUCAAAUAUGCUUCAGAAAAACGACCUCGCUGAACACUACGAGUCUAUGCAGAACGUGAGGAAGAGGCUGCGUGAGCUUUGCACCGAGUACCAUGCUACCGGUCCAACCGCAAGGCUACUAAACCAGCGUGGAGGGUCGAAGAACUCUCCUCGCCAACUCUUGAACAUUGUCAGUGGAAGAUGGAGCCCAUUUCAUGAUCCGUCGUCGCCGCCUACCCAAGGAGGAACGUCGCCGCGUGAGCAUGUCAGACUGAAGCUCGGAAGACGGCCGAAAUGUUUCACCGAAGUUCUGAGCUUUGAUGGGAGCAUCCUCAGGUCCCACGCGCUCACUCCCGUGUAUGAGGCUGCCACAAGAUCUGUCACCGAAGAUACACCAUCCCCGACUGCUGUGAAGACUGACUCGGAAGAUUCAGAUACCAAGGACGUGGUCUUGCCUGGAGUCAAUCUUAUAUUUGAUGGCGCCGAGCUGCACCCGUUUGACAUUGGUGCCUGCCUCCAUGCUCGCCAACCUCUCUCACUGAUAGCUGAGGCGUCAGCCGCGUCGUUGGCCAUCAAAUGA